UCAAAAUGGCGGCCGCCAUUGAGGGACCCCCGCUGGCCGGUCCUGACGCCUGCUGCUGAGCGAGCGUUAGCCUUCCUCGCUCUUGACCCUGGAUCCGACUAGGGGUUGGGGAAGGGCAGUGGACGGCGCUGGGGGAGGCCUGACGAGAUUAUAAAGAACUCUUCCUUUGAAUUCAUGGUGUUUCAUCCUAUAUACCACUGAGAUAUCAAACCUUUUGGACUGUUGUUACUGAAUGAAAAAAUGACAUCUAUUAUCAAAUUAACUACCCUCUCUGGGGUUCAAGAAGAGUCUGCCCUUUGUUAUCUUCUCCAAGUUGAUGAAUUUAGAUUUUUAUUGGACUGUGGCUGGGAUGAGCACUUUUCUAUGGAUAUUAUUGAUUCCCUGAGGAAGCACGUUCACCAGAUCGAUGCGGUGCUGUUGUCUCACCCCGACCCCCUGCACCUUGGAGCCCUCCCCUAUGCCGUCGGAAAGUUGGGUCUGAACUGCGCCAUCUAUGCCACCAUUCCUGUUUACAAAAUGGGACAGAUGUUCAUGUAUGAUCUGUAUCAGUCUCGGCACAAUACGGAGGAUUUCACGCUCUUCACGUUAGAUGACGUGGAUGCAGCCUUUGAUAAGAUACAGCAAUUGAAAUUCUCUCAGAUCGUGAAUUUGAAAGGUAAAGGACAUGGCUUGUCUAUCACACCUCUGCCAGCUGGUCAUAUGAUAGGUGGAACGAUAUGGAAAAUAGUCAAAGAUGGAGAAGAAGAAAUUGUGUAUGCCGUUGACUUCAACCACAAGAGGGAGAUCCACUUAAAUGGGUGUUCCUUGGAAAUGCUAAGCAGACCCUCCCUACUUAUCACAGACUCAUUUAAUGCUACGUAUGUGCAGCCGAGGAGAAAGCAGAGAGAUGAGCAGCUUCUGACAAAUGUCCUGGAGACACUUCGAGGGGAUGGCAAUGUGUUAAUAGCCGUGGACACUGCAGGCAGGGUUCUGGAACUUGCUCAGCUCCUUGACCAGAUUUGGAGAACAAAAGAUGCAGGCCUGGGUGUUUACUCAUUGGCACUGCUCAAUAACGUCAGUUACAACGUGGUAGAGUUUUCUAAGUCCCAGGUAGAAUGGAUGAGUGACAAAUUGAUGAGAUGUUUUGAAGACAAAAGAAAUAAUCCAUUUCAGUUCCGCCAUCUCUCUUUGUGUCAUGGCCUUUCUGACUUGGCUCGAGUACCUAGCCCUAAAGUGGUACUUGCCAGCCAGCCAGACCUGGAAUGUGGAUUUUCAAGGGAUCUCUUCAUUCAGUGGUGUGAGGACCCUAAAAACUCAAUCAUUCUAACUUACAGAACUACUCCUGGGACUUUAGCGCGUUUCUUAAUUGAUAAUCCUUCUGAAAAAAUUACAGAAAUAGAGUUGAGGAAACGUGUAAAGCUUGAAGGGAAAGAACUUGAAGAAUACUUGGAAAGGGAGAAGCUCAAGAAAGAAGCUGCCAAAAAACUUGAGCAGUCAAAAGAGGCAGAUAUCGAUUCCAGUGAUGAAAGCGAUGUUGAGGAAGACAUUGACCAGCCAUCAGCUCAUAAGACGAAGCAUGACCUGAUGAUGAAGGGCGAAGGCAGUCGGAAAGGCAGCUUCUUCAAACAGGCUAAAAAGUCUUACCCUAUGUUUCCUGCUCCAGAAGAAAGAAUUAAAUGGGAUGAAUACGGAGAAAUUAUCAAACCAGAGGAUUUCUUAGUGCCAGAACUUCAAGCUACUGAAGAAGAGAAAAGCAAGUUGGAGUCUGGCUUGACAAACGGGGAUGAACCCAUGGAUCAGGACUUGUCUGAUGUUCCUACCAAGUGCAUUUCUAUGACAGAAUCUAUUGAAAUAAAAGCCAGGGUUACUUACAUAGACUAUGAAGGACGCUCUGAUGGGGAUUCCAUUAAGAAGAUCAUUAAUCAGAUGAAACCGCGGCAGCUGGUCAUUGUCCAUGGCCCUCCGGAGGCCAGCCAGGACCUUGCAGAGUGCUGCCGGGCGUUCGGGGGGAAAGAUAUUAAAGUGUACAUGCCCAAGCUGCACGAGACAGUGGACGCCACUAGUGAGACUCACAUCUACCAGGUGAGAUUAAAAGAUUCACUUGUUAGCUCCCUGCAGUUUUGUAAGGCAAAAGAUGCCGAGCUGGCCUGGAUAGACGGCGUCUUAGACAUGAGAGUGUCCAAAGUGGACACGGGAGUCAUUCUGGAAGAAGGGGAGCUGAAGGACGACGGAGAGGACUCGGAGAUGCAGGUGGACGCGCCCUCAGACGCCAGCGCCCUCGCCCAGCAGAAGGCCAUGAAGAGCCUGUUCGGGGACGACGAGAGGGAGACCGGGGAGGAGAGCGAGGUCAUCCCCACCCUGGAGCCCCUGCCCCCCAGCGAGGUUCCUGGCCACCAGUCAGUUUUUAUGAACGAACCAAGACUGUCAGACUUCAAACAAGUUCUUUUACGGGAGGGGAUCCAAGCUGAAUUUGUAGGAGGUGUCCUUGUUUGCAACAAUCAAGUAGCAGUUCGUAGAACUGAAACUGGACGCAUUGGAUUAGAAGGCUGCCUUUGUCAAGAUUUUUAUAGGAUAAGAGACCUUUUAUAUGAACAGUAUGCCAUUGUGUGAAGGACAGCAUGUCAAGAAGUAUCUAUUUGACCUUUAUAAGAAAAAAAGGAUUCUUAUUCUAAGCUUUUGCUCUUUUUUUUUUUUUUUUUUUGGUAAUAUACAGAAAGGAUCUACCAGAAAGACUUACACAUGCAUUAGAUUUUUAAAGAUGUAAAUAGAGACCAUUUUGCUAAUGCUCAAUAAGCAUUCUACCUUUUGCUUUGAGUGGUGGAGACCUAACACGUGUGCAGGCCUGAGAGGUGAAGGAGAUUGCUUUCCUUUACAGAAUCCUUAUUCUAGAAGGGCUUUUUACCUGAACAAAACAAUGCAACUUAGCAAACCAGUUCAUGGCCUUAGAGAAACAUAUUUGCAUGAAUUCUUGCAAACUGUUUCUUACAUUUUCUGGAAUGCAAAGUGAGAAUUAUUUAGGAAAGAUGUGCCAUUAGGUAAAAACCUGAUAAAAGUUUUUUGAGGCCUACCUAGUUAAAAAACAAAAAGCAAAGAGUAUGAGCUGUAACUCUUCUCUUGAAUUAUAAUAUGCAAUUGUCUUCACAUGCACAUAUCUGCUCCAUGCCUGUAUUUCCCAGACCCACUCUAGUGUGAGGUUGUGCAUAUUUGGUUCAGAAAUCAAUUUUUAUUUCUCCCACUUCUUGUUUUAUCAAGAUUUUGUUGUUGUUGUUCAUUUUGGAUUAUAACACCAUCAUCUGAAUAUACAUAAUUUGAAAGAACUCCUUGAUGUCUUAAGGGUUCUGCAUACACAUUAGACACAGCUUAACUAUCAGCGAGAUUACUGUGUUAGAAACUGUUUAGUGCUCUGUUUGCAAGGAAAUAAAUCUGAACCUCACAUUUUUAUAAGGUAACAGUAUAAUUGAUUUACAAGGUGUAAACGUUUCAUCUUUUAGGCUUAUGUUCUCCUAAAUUUGCCCAAGCAGUGGCUGGUUUUAUACACAUUACUACAAAAAUAAUGUUGAAACUGGACAAGGCUAUCCUUCCUGUAUUCACAUCUUUCUUGGGGCCGGCAGCCCUGAUAUAAUACACACCACUUGUGUUUAAGAAUAAAAACUGAAUAUAUGCAAUUUCCAGUGAACUUGAAAAUCAAAAUCAUAUUGCCUGUUAUAAUCUGUUGAUACUUUUUUAGCAUGUAGCUUAAUCUUGGCAGAUCUUGAUGCUUAUUUCAUAAGUAUUUAAGCUCUUGUCUUUACUCUUAGCAUUUUUAGGAGGAUCUGUCUUAUUUAAUUUAUUUGGAACUAUGUGUAGUAAACCCAGUGAUAUUAGACUAGAAUUCAUUUCAUUCUGUUUCAAGUGCUUACAAAGCUUUUCUUGUGGAUUAUAGUGCUAAUGCAGUUUACAGCUUUCUGAUACUAAAAACUGGAUACACAAAACAACGUUACAGAAGAUGAAGAGUAUGUUUUCUUUGCAGAGCUUUGAAAAAAAUUCACUUAAACUCUCAUUACUGAAUA